AUGCUUAAGAGAAUCGAACUGUCUCUCUUUGUCUCCAGAUUCCAUCAAACGGUGCUUUUUGCUCACCCAUUAUUUUUUCUCAAUCAAUAUAUCUAUCUAUCUAUCUAUCUAUCUAUCUAUCUAUCUCAGUUUAUUUCUAUCUAUCUAUCUAUCUAUCUAUCUAUGUAUCUAUCUAUCUAUCUAUCUAUCUAUCUAUCUAUCUAUCUAUCUAUCUAUCCGUUCUUAAUUUUUCAUGUAUCUUUUAUCGUAUCAUACCAUAUCUAUCUAUCUAUCUAUCUAUCUAUCUAUCUAUCUAUCUAUCUAUGUCCACUUGCGUCUUAUAUAUCUAAUAUUACGUUUUUUCAUAUCUGGUCCUUCUAUCUAUCUAUCUAUCUGUAUAAGAGUCUAUUCAUAUCUAUCUAUCUAUCUAUCUAUCUAUCUAUCUAUCUAUCUCUGUAUAAGAGUCUGUUUAUCUAUCUAUCUAUCUAUCUAUCUAUCUAUCUAUCUAUCUAUCUAUUUCUCUAUAUAUGGGUCUAUUCAUAUCUAUCUAUCUAUCUAUCUAUCUAUCUAUCUAUCUAUUUCUCCCUUUCUCUAUAUAUGAGUCUAUUCAUAUCUAUCUAUCGAUCUAUCUAUCUAUCUAUCUAUCUGUAUAAGAGUCGAUUCAUAUCUAUCUAUCUAUCUAUCUUUGUAUGUUUAUCUAUCUAUCUAUCUAUCUAUCUAUCUAUCUAUCUAUCUAUCUAUCUAUUUCUCUCUUUCUCUAUAUAUGGGUCUAUAUAUGGGUCUAUUCAUAUCUAUCUAUCUAUCUAUCUAUCUAUCUAUCUAUCUAUCUAUCUAUCUAUCUAUCUAUCCCCGUCGAUUAAUAUCUAUCGUUAG